UAAUGUAGUGGCCGUUAAGUGUUUGUUUUGAUAAUGUACGUUUUAACCGUUUAUUUAUUCAAUAGUGAGGUGUUUGCGUUCUAAUAAAAGUGAGCACAGUAACUCACUAGGAAGGGAAAAUACGAAAUACGUUAGAAAAUAGUUGGCUUGUACUAUGUGAAAGGUUCGGAAACAUUUACUCAACGCCGAAUAAAUAUGUCGUAUUAGGCCUAUGCACUUUAUGUCGACAAAUUAUUUCGUCAUAUAUAUGUAUUUUUUUUAUAAAUCGUCAUGCCCAAGAGUCAAAACUGACGCGAAUAUCGGUGCAUUGCAAACCGUGGACAGCUGCAGGUAAUUAUACACAUGGCCAGCAAAUGGUUUUGUGUGCACAUGAAACGUCAAGGAAUUACCCCUUUGCUCGAACCGAGUGGUUGAAACUGUACGACUGCGAAGCCUACUGGGGCUUCACCUCAACAUUACCAGUUAAAUGAAAUAAAAUAUUAAACUAAAAUUUACAGAUAAUUUACUUCCUCGUAACAGAUUUCCGGGUAUCAGUCAGCUCACAAAACGUUGGCCAGUUCUAAGUGGCGAUUGGUUUAAUUCAAAAUCCUUGUGUCCAAUAGUCGAGCAGCUUCAGCGCGCGCUCAUCCCCAACACACGAAUUAGCGCUGCUGCGUCCGGAUAAAAACGCGCACUCGCUCGGUUUGACUACUCAGUCGUCGAACGUAACCUAGUGUCACAAUGGCAAGAACUAAGCAAACAGCUCGAAAAUCCACGGGUGGAAAAGCUCCCAGGAAGCAGCUGGCUACCAAAGCUGCCCGCAAGAGUGCCCCGGCCACCGGCGGUGUGAAGAAACCUCAUCGUUACAGACCCGGUACCGUGGCCCUUCGUGAGAUCCGCCGCUACCAGAAGUCUACCGAGCUGCUAAUUCGCAAGCUACCCUUCCAGCGAUUGGUAAGGGAGAUCGCUCAGGACUUCAAAACCGACCUGCGCUUCCAGAGCUCGGCCGUCAUGGCGCUUCAGGAGUCCAGUGAGGCCUAUCUUGUCGGCCUCUUUGAAGACACCAAUCUGUGCGCCAUUCACGCCAAGCGGGUUACUAUCAUGCCCAAAGACAUCCAGCUGGCUCGUCGCAUCCGUGGAGAGAGGGCUUAAGCUUCCGUGCUAAAA